AUGUCUGCUGUUGAUUAUCUUCUUUUCGAAGAGGCCACCGGUUAUGCCGUCUUCAAAGUCAAAUUACAACAAGAUAACAUUGGUUCUAAAUUAAAAGAAGUUCAACAACAAAUUAAUGAAUUGGGUAGUUUUACAAAAUUAGUUGAAUUAGUUUCAUUUGCUCCUUUCAAAGGUGCUGCUCAAGCUUUAGAAAAUGCUAAUGAAGUUUCUGAAGGUUUAGUUUCUGAAUAUUUAAAAUCUGUUUUAGAAUUAAAUUUACCAAAAGGUUCAGAAAAAUCCACUAUAAAGUUAGGUAUUUCUGAUAAAAAUUUAGGUCCUUCUAUAAAAGAAUCAUUUGGUUAUAUUGAUUGUAUUUCAAAUGAAUUAGUUCAAGAUCUUUUAAGAGGUAUUAGAUUACAUGGUGAUAAAUUAUUAAAAGAUUUACAAGCUGGUGAUAUUGAAAGAGCUCAAUUAGGUUUAGGUCAUGCUUAUUCAAGAGCUAAAGUGAAAUUUUCUGUUCAAAAAAAUGAUAAUCAUAUUAUUCAAGCUAUUGCUUUAUUGGAUCAAUUAGAUAAAGAUAUUAAUACUUUCUCAAUGAGAGUUAAAGAAUGGUAUGGAUGGCAUUUCCCUGAAUUAGCAAAAUUAGUUCCUGAUAAUUAUACUUUUGCUAAAUUAGUUUUAUUUAUUAAAGAUAAAUCUUCAUUAAAUGAAGAUUCUUUACAUGAUUUAACUGCUUUAUUAUCAAAUGAUUCCGGGUUAGCUCAAACUGUUAUUGAUAAUGCUCGUAUUUCAAUGGGUCAAGAUAUUUCUGAACAAGAUUUUGAUAAUUUAUUAGUUUUCGCUAAACGUGUUGUUUCAAUUACUGAUUAUAGAAGAUCUUUAUAUAAUUAUUUACAAGACAAGAUGCAUACUGUUGCUCCAAAUUUAUCUGAAUUAAUUGGUGAAGUUAUUGGUGCUAGAUUAAUUUCUCAUGCUGGUUCUUUAACAAAUUUAUCAAAACAAGCUGCUUCAACUGUUCAAAUCUUGGGUGCUGAAAAAGCUUUAUUUAGAGCUUUGAAAACUAAAGGUAAUACACCAAAAUAUGGUUUAAUUUAUCAUUCUUCAUUUAUUGGUCGUGCUUCUUCAAAAAAUAAAGGUAGAAUUUCAAGAUAUUUAGCAAAUAAAUGUUCAAUUGCUUCAAGAAUUGAUAAUUAUUCAGAUGAACCAUCAACUGUUUUCGGUCAAGUUUUAAAAAAACAAGUUGAACAAAGAUUAAAUUUUUAUGAUACUGGUGCUGCAACUAUGAAAAAUUCUGAUGCAAUUACUGAAGCUUUAGGUUUAUAUAAAGAUUUAGAUAUUGAAAUCCCAGAUGCUGAUGAAGGCAGUGAUGAUGAUGAAGAAUCAAAUAAAACUUUAGAUACUCCAAAGAAAGAAAAAAAGGAAAAGAAAGAUAAAAAGGAAAAGAAAGACAAAAAGGAAAAGAAGGAUAAAAAGGAAAAAAAGAUAAAAAGGAUAAAAAAAGAUCAAAAGGUGAUGAUGAUGAAUCACCAAAAAAGAAGAAGAAAUCAAAAGCUUAAAUUUGAUCCUUUGAUUUAA